AAAAUAGAAAAAGACUUUUAUUCUUUUUCUCUAAUACUGUGGACUCGUCUUCCUCCUGUAAACCCUGCUGAAACCCAUUUGCCCACAGACGGAGCGCAGGAAAAGAAUAAUGGUCAGGAGCAGGAGGAGAAGAUGAGCAAGAAGCAAUGGCUCCCUCGCCUGUCACGUGCCCUUUCGCGCGCUUACUCUUCCUCGUCUGCUUCUUCUUCGUCACCAUCGUCGACAUCGUUCCCUCUCAAGCAUGUGACGAAGUCCAACUUCGAAUCCGCGCUCGCCGAGCUCAGAGCCCAUGUACGCGCCGCCGAUUUCGUCGCCAUCGAUUUGGAGAUGACCGGCGUCAUCAGUGCCCCCUGGAGGGAGUCCUUCGAGUUCGACCGAUUCGAUGUUAGGUAUCUCAAGGUCAAGGAUUCCGUCGAGAAGUUUGCUGUUGUUCAGUUCGGCGUUUGCCCUUUCCGUUGGGACUCUCAACGACAAUCCUUCAUAGCUCACCCGCAUAAUUUCUUUGUUUUCCCACGCGAAGAGCUUCUCUCCAGUGGCCCUUCUCCUGAGUUCCUCUGCCAGACAUCAUCCUUGGAUUUCUUGGCCAAGUAUCAGUUCGAUUUCAAUACAUGUAUUCGUGAAGGGAUAUCUUAUUUGUCCAGAGGAGAGGAAGAUGAAGCAUUGCGUCGCUUGACUCUCCAUUGCAAGAGGUUAUCAGACUUGUCGAAGGAAUCUGAAGAUGGGGAAGGCACGACAUUGCUUAAUAUUACUGAUGUUCUCUUCUCCAAACGAAUGAAGGACAAAUUGAGCGAGUGGCGUUCUGGGUUGUUGCAUUCCACUAGAAAUGCUACUUCCCAGUGCCACGACAUGUCAAAAGGUUCAAAGCAACAAUUUCAGACUGUUUUCUUUAAGAUGCGCCCGGCUGUCUCUCUGAAUGGUUUCACCUCUCAUCAACUUAAUUUGAUCAGGAUGGUUUGCUUCUGUUUCAUGCUUGAGGGGUCUCCAAGAAAUAUUUCAAAGAUCUUGUAUUCAUUCGUGCCAGUGGUGAAAACUCUUGUUCAGGAACAACUCGUCGUGUAUACAGACACAGAGAGUGAUAAGGCUUUAUUACUGACAGAGGUCAAGAACGAAUCUCAUAGAGAUGCAGAGAAAAAGAUCAAAGCUGCAAUUGGGUUUCGCCAUGUUAUAGACCUUCUUUCUUCUGAGAAAAAGUUGAUUGUUGGUCAUAAUUGCUUCUUGGAUAUUGCCCAUGUAUACAGUAAGUUCUUGGGUCCUCUCCCUUGCACAGCUGAAGAGUUUGCUUCCUCAUUGAACAAGCAUUUCCCUUACAUUGUUGACACCAAAAUUCUCUUGAAUUCAAGCGAUGACCUGACUCGAGUUGUUGCCCCAAGCGUGAAGGUGGAGGUGGAAAUGGAUGAUACAAGGUCCACAGACUGGAAUUCAGGAGCCAAACAUGAAGCAGGAUUUGAUGCUUUCAUGACCGGUUGCAUCUUUGCACAGGCAUGCCAUCAUCUCGGUGUUAACUUCAACCAACAUUCACCAUCUCCACUGAACUUGGCUCUCAACGAGAACCUCCAGAAGCACAUCAAUCGCCUCUACUUGAGCUGGUUCAAUUGGAACAUCAUCGAUUUAAUCACCGGAAAGCAGGUAGAUGCUGUUGUAUCUAAUAGCAGUCUGAGCAAGCGAUUCUCCAAAAUUGUGUUUGAGAAUGUUGUUCUAAUCUGGAGGUUCCCUUCCAAGCUCAAGGCAAGGGAGAUCAAGGAGUGCCUAUGCAAAGUCUUUGGUCCAACCUCGGUUGCCUCUGUCUUUCGAGUGGAUGAAAGUGCAGUUCUGGUUCAUUUCAGCAAGCCAGAGUUUGUUUCAGAUUUUCUGCUUCUGAAAGAAACCUUGGAUGGGAGCAAUGAUGUGAUAUCAGCUGUGCACCCUCUGUCGGGGAUUCUGGAACGUGGGAAGACGUGUGCUGCUAAUUAUGAGGCAUAUAAAGAGAUAUGCAGGUCGCCGGUCUCCAUGGCUCUGCUUGCAGAUUCAGCAGAUGAUGUUUUUGGGCUGGGACGGAGGAGGAAGACGGCGGUUUUGGUGGGCGAGGGAGAGAGUUGGAAUGAAGGAAGAACAAGUGUUGGUGAAGAAGUAUACAAGUCGAGUAGUAGUUGUUCAUCACGUGACGUUGUUGAGCACUACCAAUUCAGUUUUGCCAUGGCUGAAAUCGUCUUCCAAGUCCUAAUCCAACUGGGUUCCAUCCUCGUUGAAGAUCUGAAACAACAUGGGAAGCUCGUCCGCGACGUGGAAGGGCACGUCAACAAGCUCACAUCUACUUUCAAGGCCAUUGGAUCCCUUCUCUUGGAUGCCGAAGAGAGAGAGCUGACGGACAAGGGGGUCGAAGACUGGCUGAGGAAACUCAAGGACGUCGCCUACGAGGUCGAUGACGUGUUGGACGAGUGGCGAACCGAGAUCCUCAAGCGCCAGAUUGCUGGAGAUCAUCAUGGUGAGCAUCUCGGGAGAAUCUCGGGUCUUCUUAAACGAACCAGCCCCAAUAUCAAUUUCUCUGAUGUGAAAGGCAGAGAAGAGGAGACAAAUGGCUUGAGGCGCAAGUUACUGGAUGACGGCAAUCCAUGUCUCCGAAGUCUCGCUAUCCAAGGCGCCGGCGGACUUGGCAAAACAACACUGGCCAAACUUCUCUACAACGACCGACAGUUGGAAGCUCAUUUUGACAAGAGAAUUUGGGUUUGUGUGUCUGACACUUUUGACCAAAUCACGAUCCACAGAACAAUUUUGGAAUCUAUUACAGGUUCUACUCAAAAGAGUAAUAUCUUGUCAAACAUGCUAGAGAAAAUACGCGAAAGCAUUGAGGGCAACAAGUUUCUUUUAAUUCUUGAUGAUGUGUGGGAAGAUAGCCGAAGCAAGUGGGAAGAAUUAAGAAACUCUAUUUCCAGCGGCUUAUCAGGGAGCAAAAUCCUGAUAACUACGCGGAAGAAUGAAGUUUCUCAUGCACUAGGUUGCAUCGAUGUCGAUGUUAUACAUAUAGAAAAGAUGCCUACGGAUGUAUGCAAGGCGAUCUUCACUCAAAUUUCAUUCUACGGGUGGACUUUGGAGGAUCAAGAAGAGGUAGAAGACAUCAUUGAAGGAGUUGUGGAGAAAUGUCAUGGCUCCCCAUUGGCCGCUAAAGUGUUGGGGGGGAUUCUACAGUCCAAAAAAGCUAGAAAAGAAUGGAGUCGGUUUCUAAAGAGUGAAUUGUGGCAGCUGGAGGAAGCUAGACAUGAUGUGUUUGGUCCUCUGGCAUUGAGCUACUAUGAUUUACCUCCGGCCAUCAGACAAUGCUUUCAGUUUUGCUCUGUGUUUCCUAAAGAUUUUGAAAUAGAGAAGGAUGAAUUGAUUAAGCUAUGGAUGUCACAGGGUUUUCUUAGAGCAACACAGAAUCAAGACAUAGAGGGGAUUGGUGAACACUAUUUUCAGAUUUUGGGGAUGCGCUCUUUCUUCCAAGAUUUUGAGAAGAGAGAUGUAUGGGUUGGAGAAAAAACAUAUUGCAAGAUGCACGAUUUAGUGCAUGACUUCGCUCGUCUUAUAAGUGGGAACGAGACCAUCUGCAUGACAAAUAGACAAGUGGAGAAUCAUGCACCCUCUACCAAUCACUUGCGCAGCUUCAUAGCAUCAAGUGUGGAUGCAUCUAAACCUGAUGUAUUCGAUCAUUUGCGGGGCAUUCGGUUGCUAGUUCUCAAAGACGUUCAUCUCAAAGCAGUCUCAUCAACUAUAAACCAGUUGAUUCAUCUCAGGCAUUUGGAUUUAUCCUACAACGAUAUCUUGAUUGAGCUGCCAGAAGAGAUAUGUGAGUUGUACAAUUUAGAAACUCUUCUCCUCAACUUAAAUAGGAGGUUGAAGAAACUACCUAGUGGGAUGGGGAACAAGUUAGUGAACCUGAAGCAUCUGGAGAACGAUGAAGUUCCUGCAUGCCUCCAGAAACAAAUGGGGAGAUUAGCUGCCUCUCUGAAGACACUAACCCUAUUCAACAUCAUACACGAGGAUGAAAGAGGUAGUACUAAUGUUGGGACUUUGGAGGGGAUGAACCAACUUCAGGGAUCCCUUUAUGUGAAGGGACUAAAUAAGGUCACAGAUUGUGGUGAAGUGAAGCGAGCAUAG